CCCCGCCUCCGCCGGGAAGGGGAAGGCGGAGACCGUGUGAGGCUGGCCAGGUCGGAGAAAAGCGGACGCGCGUGGGCGCGGGAGACGAAGAGAUGUCCACGGGCUCAGUGAGUGACCCCGAAGAGAUGGAGCUUCGGGGGCUGCAGCGAGGGUACCCGGUCCCCGCCUCCUCCAAGAGGCAGCCUGUCCCGGGCGCAGAGCGCCGCUACGCCUCGCCCAGUGACAACUCGUCGGCGGAGGAGGAGGACCCCGACGGCGAGGAGGAGCGGUGCGCCGUGGGUGCAGCCCGCGAUCUUGGAGGAUGCCAGAAGAAGCGGCCUCGUGUGGCCGGGGGCGGCUGCCUAGGUAGUGGGGACGGCAGCUGCAGUAAAAAGGCUCUCCUACCGAAAGGCUCGGCCGCCGAGUGCAAGCAGUCACAGCGGAACGCGGCCAACGCCCGCGAGCGCGCCCGGAUGCGUGUGCUGAGCAAAGCCUUCUCCCGGUUGAAGACCAGCCUGCCCUGGGUACCUCCUGACACCAAGCUGUCCAAACUGGACACGCUGCGGCUCGCUUCCAGUUACAUCGCGCACCUGCGGCAGCUGCUGCAGGAGGACCGCUACGAAAACGGCUACGUGCACCCAGUGAACCUGACGUGGCCAUUUGUGGUCUCCGGACGGCCUGACUCUGACACCAAAGACGUUUCUGCAGCAGCAAACAGAUUAUGUGGAACCACGGCUUAGAUAGGAUCAAACUCACUUGAUGGGAUUAUUUGUUACACCAAAGUGUUUGAGGACCAAGAAAGCCUGAACACCAGAGGAUGGGUAGCAAGUGCCACUGGAUCCUCCUGGGCCCUCCCACUUCCUUGGACCUGCAAACUGGACGGUGGAGGUGCCCCAUCUGGGCCACAAGGCUGGAAAGAGCAUCCUUUCGUGUGAGAGCAACAGGAGCCCAGCUUCUUUCUGGGCCUUUAGUGCUAUAGCCCAGGCUGCCGUUUGAGCCCAACACCACAGCACCUAGGCCUCCAUAAUGUUAGGGUUAGUUUCCAGCAGGGUCAGAUGUAUCAUGUAUGUCAUGUUGUGGCAGAUUUCUGCACAGCCCAGGCUUCCAGGCUUUAUAAAAUAGAGGUCACUAUGGAUCCUCUUAAAAAACAGCAUCGUGAUGUAAGGUCCACUUUGGGGAUGUUUUAAGUUACCAAGAAAAGAAAGUGGCACAUAUGGGUCAGUUUUCUAUCCUGCCAGGCAGCAACAGCUGUGCUGCUAACUGUGCACAGGGCAGAGGAGGCACAAGGCAGAGAGCAGCCAGGCUAGGUUUGCCCUGCCCCUGAGCCCUUGCGCUCUCCCCCUGGAGGCUCCUUUCUAAGCUCCCUCCUCUGUUCUGUCAUCACUGUCCAUCCAAGAUUCCUCUUCGAGGCUCCAGCCUCACACCCACUAUCCCUGGAGCUGCCUGCUCAGGCUGCUAACUGCAGUUCCCUCUCCCCGCAUUCCAAAUGCCUGCCAAGCUCUGAUGGCCCCUGCCCCAGCACAGCCUUUGCGCACGCUUUCUUUCCUGUGCCCAGGCAAGCUGCUGGAGCUAAGGGUGACCUCACCGAAGGUGCCUAGGGCCAGCACGCUGCUGAGUCUGCACUUCCACAGCAAUUAACAUAUGUAAAUAAAUUUAUUUUUUUA